AUGGCGAACCAAAUACCCGAAAAGAUUGACGUCCACAGUCAUUUCUUGCCGCCAUCAUACCGCGAACAUUGCAAGGCAAAUGGGCACAGUGCCCCUGAUGGCUUUCCCAUUCUACCAGAAUGGAACCUGGAUGCCCAUUUGAAGAUGGCCAAUGACUUGAACAUCACAAAGUCUUACCUAUCGAUUUCGUCCCCAGGGGUUCACCUCGUGCCCGGCGAUGACCAACUCGCGCGAAAAGUAUGUCGCGAAUGUAAUAUGGCUGGUGCCGAGGCGAAGAUACGCUUCCCCGAUCGCUUUGGACUUUGGGCGUCACUCCCCUUGCCGGAUGUCGAGGGCAGUCUGGCUGAGCUCGCAUAUGCGUUUGAUGAGCUGAAGGCCGACGGAGUGACGGUCCAUACCAAUACUCAUGGGUACUACUUGGGGCAUCCCAAGUUUGACGCUGUCUGGGCCGAGCUCGACCGUCGAAAGGCGAUCGUCUUUGUGCACCCGACUUCCGGUUGCACUAUGCAGCAGACAACAGCAUGCCCUUUGCCUGAAUAUCCCAAUCCGAUCUUCGAGUUCUUCUUCGACACCACCCGGACCGUGAUCAACCUGUUCUACACCGGCACAGUUGCACGGUACCCCAACGUCACAUACAUCAUCCCCCACGCCGGAGGUUGCUUGCCACCUGUCAUUGAAAGGUUCUCGUUGCUCGGACGUUCCAUUCCUGACAUACCUGUCGACAGCUCUGUCAAUCCAGAUUUUGUAAAGUCGAAGCUGAAGACAAAUUUCUACUUCGACAUGGCAGGAACCCCUUGGCCUGAUCAAUUACCGGCUUUGCUCGCGUUCGUCGACAAGGACCACAUUUUGUAUGGAAGCGACUAUCCCUUUACUCCUGCUGAGAUUGUUAAAAAAUUGGCUGGCGCGAUGGAAAUUUUCAUGCCGCGAGCUUUCGAGACGGAGGAGCAGCGAAAGAUGGCCUACAAAACGAACGCUGAAAGACUGUUUCGCGAGCAGGCUGCGGCAAAAAGAACGUGA